AAAAAACUUGGCCACGGCUUGGCCGGCGGGCGUUUAGCGGCGUGGGCCAUGCAACCUCCAGCAGAAGACUCUUUGCAUCUAGCGGUUUGGGCGUGGCCGUUGGGUCGUAUUUCUCGUACACCCAACUUCUGAGCGACGCCGCACCUGAGCAGGAUCCAGAAAACCUCGUGAGCGUCGACUCGUCCGUGCACGCUUUCCCUGUCGUCACUUCGGACUACUUGUUGCAAACACCGUUCCAGCUGCUUGGGUACGGUAUCAGAAUGGUCACUUUUCUGAACAUGAAGGUGUACGCUCUGGGAAUUUAUGUGGCCCGAGAAGACCUACCGCUGUUGAAAAAGACGCUCACCAGCGUCAGUCCCGACCCGUCGCAGGUGGCUUUCAGUCUGCGAGACCCGGCUCUCUCGCCGCAGGUGGUUGAGCUGCUACUGUCUUCUGGUGUGCGGUUUUCUGCCAAGAUCGUGCCCGUGCGAAACACCGAUUUCAACCAUCUAAGAGACGGUCUAAUUAAAUCAAUCAAGUCGAACCCCAAGUAUAAGGAGCUGAUGAAGCGGGGGGAUGGAACAGACGAGAAGCUGAACGCUGGGCUGGACCAGCUACGGAAGGCGUUUGGGGCUCGCAAGAUGACUGCUACUAAAAACUCAACCCUGAUGCUCCAGAUUCUGAGUGACGGUAAGUUGGCGUUGUCGUUCCAACUGUACACGACCCAGGACCAGAUGGCGGAGCCGUUCAGGAUGGGCGUUGUUGAGGAGCCGCUGAUUGGCCGGCUACUGUUUAUGAGCUAUCUUUCCGGAGCAAAGCCGUUGAGCGAGCCUGCGCGGUCCAAGGCAAUAGACGGAUUUAUUUCGUUGCUAUAAAAUUGUACAUAGUCAUUUUUUAGGCUACCGGCCGGGAAAAAACCCCGGAGUUUUUUGCGCAAGCGCAGUCCCCAGAAUUCCCCCGGAUUCAGUCGUGGUACAUAAAUAGUGAGUAUCCCUUUAGCCUUUUCCACAAAAAUGUCUGAAUCCAAGCAAGCCAUCAACACCGACUUGGUCACUCUGACCAGAUUCAUUCUAGAAGAGCAGAACCGAUACGCACCGCACGCUACUGGUGAGCUAACAUUGCUGCUCAACUCCUUGCAAUACGCCUUCAAGUUCAUUGCACAUACCAUUCGCAGAGCCGAGCUGGUCAAUCUGAUUGGCCUGGCCGGGAUCACGAACGCCACGGGAGAUGACCAGAAGAAGCUCGACGUCAUCGGAGACGACAUUUUCAUCAACGCUAUGAAGAGCUCCGGCAACGUGAAAGUGCUUGUCAGCGAGGAACAGGAAGAUCUGAUUAUUUUUGAAGGCUCCGAGGGCAAUUACGCGGUCUGUUGCGACCCGAUUGACGGCUCGUCGAACCUGGACGCCGGAGUUUCUGUUGGUACGAUUUUUGGUGUCUACAAGCUGCAACCGGGCUCCAAGGGCAGCAUCAAGGACGUGUUGCGUUCGGGAACAGAAAUGGUGGCUGCAGGAUAUACCAUGUACGGCGCAAGUGCGCACUUAAUGCUCACGACGGGCCAUGGUGUCAACGGAUUCACGCUGGACACGCAUCUUGGCGAGUUCAUUCUCACCAAGCCACACUUGAAAGUGCCAGAGAAAAGAGCCAUCUACUCGGUCAACGAGGGUAAUUCGUACUACUGGCCUAAAGAAGUGCAGGACUUCGUUGCAUCGUUGAAGCUACCACAGGAAGACAACAAUGGGAAGCCGUACUCGGCCCGGUACGUUGGAUCGAUGGUGGCAGACGUGCACAGAACACUGUUGUACGGUGGAUUGUUUGCAUACCCGGCCGAUUCAAAAUCGAAGACGGGAAAAUUGAGAGUUCUUUACGAGUGCUUCCCGAUGGCUCUGCUGAUGGAGCAGGCUGGUGGAGAGGCCGUUAACGACAAAGGUCAGCGCAUUUUGGACCUCAUCCCGAAGAAGAUCCACGAGAGAAGCGGAAUCUGGCUCGGAAGCAAGAAGGAGGUCGAGAAACUGCUGCAAUACAUAAAGAAGUAAUGAC